AUGCGUGAAGGCAGAAAUGGACAGCACAUGAUGUAAUGAGCUUCAUGUCUGUGUUGCCAUGAGCGAACCUUUAGGUUGCAUGUUUUCUGCUGAAAUGUUUUAAGGUUUUAUUUUGGACUCGAGACAUUUUAAUUUAUUGAGAGACAGAACAAGAUGGACGCAAAAAAAAACUGUUUUAGUACAAAAAAUGUUAAGAAUAAACAAGAUCCAACUUAUUAUGAGGUGUAAAAUAAACGGGAAGGAGAAGAAAGGAUGGAUGGUUGGUUGGUUGGUUUACUGACCAGAAGGUUAAAGGUCAUAUCGGGUCCUGCUGGUUCUGAAUCAUGUCGGCCAUCUUGUUCUUUGUGUCAUCAGGAUCCUCGCCACCGUCGGUUCAGACUUCGACCUGCGAACGCUGCGCGCCGUCAGAGUUCUGAGGCCCCUGAAACUGGUGUCUGGGAUUCCCAGCCUGCAGGUUGUGCUGAAGUCCAUCAUGAAGGCCAUGGUUCCGCUGCUGCAGAUCGGCCUGCUGCUGUUCUUCGCCAUCGUCAUGUUCGCCAUCAUCGGGGUCGAGUUCUACAUGGGCAAGUUCCACCAGUCCUGCUUCAAGCCUGGAGCUGAGAGAGUGGUGGACUGGCCGUGUGGGUCGGAGUUGCCGGCCAGAACUUGUCCCAACGGCACCGUGUGCCAGGAGUACUGGACCGGGCCCAACUUCGGCAUCACCAACUUCGACAACAUCCUGUUCGCCGUGCUGACCGUGUUCCAGUGCAUCACCAUGGAGGGCUGGGUGGACAUCCUGUACAGCACUAAUGAUGCAGUGGGAAACAACUGGAACUGGCUCUACUUCAUCCCUCUCAUCAUCAUUGGCUCCUUUUUCAUGCUCAACUUGGUGCUUGGUGUCCUGUCAGGAGAAUUUGCCAAAGAGCGAGAACGAGUGGAGAAGCGUCAGGAGUUCCUGAAGCUCCGGCGACAGCAGCAGAUCGAGCGGGAGCUCACCGGCUACCUGGAGUGGAUCUGCAAGGCGGAGGAGGUGUUGCUAGAAGAAGAAGAUGAGAUUGCUGAGGAGAAGGCCCCGAUGGACGGCGCCUGGUACAAGAGGAAACAGAACCUUUCAGUUCUGAAGCGAGGGAAAAUCAAGAAGGGCAAAAACGAUCUGAUUGGUGCAGAGGAGGGCGACGAUCCCUUUGCUGACAUGUCCUCUGUUGUUCCCCCCGGCUCCCCGUUCGGUCGGGCCAGCGUGAAAAGCGGCGGGAAGAUGGACAGCUCAUCCUACUUCCGGCGCAAAGAGAAGCGCUUCCGGUUCUUCAUCCGGCGGAUGGUGAAAGCCCAGAGCUUCUACUGGAUCGUUCUGUGCCUGGUGGGCCUCAACACGCUGUGCGUGGCCAUCGUCCACUACGACCAGCCGGACUGGCUGACCAGGGCGCUCUACACAGCAGAGCUGGUGUUUCUGGGUCUGUUCCUGACGGAGAUGACCUUGAAGAUGUACGGCCUCGGAGCCAGAAACUACUUCCACUCGUCCUUCAACUGCUUUGACUUUGGGGUGAUCGUGGGAAGCAUUUUUGAGGUCAUCUGGGACAUGAUAAAACCAGGAGCAUCGUUUGGGAUCAGCGUGCUUCGGGCGUUGAGACUCCUCCGGAUUUUCAAAGUCACCAAAUACUGGAACUCGUUGAGGAAUCUCGUCGUUUCCCUUCUCAACUCCAUGAAGUCCAUCAUCAGCCUGCUCUUCCUCCUCUUCCUCUUCAUCGUGGUCUUCGCUUUGCUCGGCAUGCAGCUCUUCGGCGGACAGUUUAACUUUGAAGAUGAGACACCAACAACAAACUUUGAUACCUUCCCAGCAGCCAUCCUCACUGUGUUCCAGAUCCUGACCGGCGAGGACUGGAACGCCGUCAUGUACCACGGCAUCGAGUCUCAUGGCGGCGUUCACCGUGGGAUGUUCUCCUCCAUCUACUUCAUCGUCCUCACGCUCUUUGGAAACUACACUCUGCUGAACGUCUUCUUGGCCAUCGCUGUUGAUAACCUCGCCAACGCCCAAGAGCUGACGAAGGAUGAAGAGGAGCAGGAGGAAGCAGCCAAUAAGAAGCUCGCUCUGCAGAAAGCUCUGGAAGUAAAAGAAGUCAGCCCGAUGUCAGCCGCCAACAUUUCCAUCGCUGCUUUUGUAAAGCAAAAUCGAGAUGCACUCUCUCGCAGGUCGUCCGUCACCAGCAUUCAGUCACCCAAGGAGCAGCAGCGAUCUGCUAAGAGCAUGUCGGUGUGGGAGCAGCGGACCAACCAGCUGAGGAAGCACAACAUGAAGACGAGCACCGAGGCGCUGUUCAACGAGCUGGACCCGGACGAGCGCCUCGCCGCCUCCAGCGCCCUCCACCUGCACCCCGACAUGAAGACGCACACCGACCGGCCGCUCGUCCUGGAGGACAAGAACGGCGACCAGACCCGAGCCGGCGCGCCGGAGGAGGCGGCCGGGCCCGGCGUCCGGGACAGCUUCCACUCCAGGAGGCGCCACCACCACCGGGACCGGAACGGGGACGGCGGCGACGGCCAGGCGGUCCGGCGCCACAGCCACCACGGCCGCAGCAGGGAGCACAACGCCGACGCCGCCCAGGACAGGGAGAGGCUCCGCCCACAAAACGGGUCACCGGAGGAGGAGCGAGGCCAUCGGCACCACCGCUCCCGCCGCACGCCGAAGGAAGGAAACGGGCCGCUGACGAACGGAGCGCAAGACGACGGGAAAGGGAGAGGAGACAACGGAGAGAAGAAGCUGCGCUCCUCACGCAUCCAGAGGGACAGACAGGCAGACACGGAGGACGACAGCCUUGCUGGGAGUCCGUUGCAGCUGAAGCGAAGCAGCCUGACGCCGAGUGAGAAACAGGAAGAUGCCGACAACCAGAAGAACUCGACCAGAGCCAGCCAGGCCGCCCUGAACAGCAACGCCAUCCACAUCCCCGUCACCAUCACCGCGCCGCCCGGAGAAACCACCAUCAUUCCCAUGAACAGCAUCGAUUGUGGGAACUUCCAGCUCAGCGAGGAGAAGAAGGACCUGGAAGAGGAGGAGGAGGAGGAGGCCGCUAACGGGCCGCGGCAGAUUCUUCCCUACAGCUCCAUGUUCGUCUUCGGACAAACAAACCCGGUGCGGCGCCUGUGUCACUACGUGGUCAACCUGCGCUACUUUGAGAUGUGCAUCCUGAUUGUCAUCACCAUGAGCAGCAUCACGCUGGCCGCCGAGGACCCGGUGGAGGCCAACGCCGACCGCAACAUCGCUCUGAAGUACCUGGACUAUGUCUUUACUGGAGUCUUCACGUUUGAGAUGGUGAUAAAGAUGAUCGACCUGGGCCUGCUCCUCCACCCCGGCUCGUACUUCCGUGACCUUUGGAACAUCCUGGACUUCAUCGUGGUCAGCGGCGCCUUGGUGGCCUUCGCCUGCUCGAGCCUCAUGGGAUCACAACAAAGUGUGGCCAGAGGAACGAAGGGGAAAGACAUCAACACCAUCAAAUCCCUGCGUGUGCUGCGAGUUCUGCGACCUCUGAAGACCAUCAAGCGGCUGCCGAAGCUGAAGGCUGUGUUCGACUGUGUUGUGAACUCUCUGAAGAACGUCCUGAACAUCCUCAUCGUCUACAUCCUCUUCAUGUUCAUCUUUGCUGUUAUCGCUGUUCAGCUCUUCAAAGGCAAAUUCUUCUACUGCACCGACGAGUCCAAAGGUCUGGAGAAAGACUGCAGAGGUCAGUUUCUGGAGUACGAUCGUGAGGAAGUGACGGCUCAGCCCAGAGAGUGGAAGAAGUACGAGUUUCACUACGAUAAUGUUCUCUGGGCUUUCCUGACGCUGUUCACCGUCUCCACCGGAGAGGGCUGGCCACUGGUCCUGAAGCACUCUGUGGACGCCACGUACGAAGACCAGGGCCCCAGCCCGGGCUUCCGCAUGGAGACGUCCAUCUUCUACGUGGUCUACUUCGUGGUGUUUCCGUUCUUCUUCGUCAACAUUUUUGUAGCUCUGAUCAUCAUCACCUUCCAGGAGCAGGGAGACAAAGCGAUGUCAGAGUGCAGCCUGGAGAAGAACGAGAGGGCCUGUAUCGACUUCGCCAUCAACGCCAGGCCGCUAACACGAUACAUGCCGGAGAACAAGCAGUCCUUCCAGUACAAGAUGUGGAAGUUCGUGGUGUCGUCACCUUUCGAGUACGCCAUCAUGACUUUAAUCGCCCUCAACACCGUCGUCCUGAUGAUGAAGUUCUACGGAGCUCCAAUGGUGUACGAGUCUAUGCUGAAAUACCUCAACAUCGUCUUCACUGGUCUCUUCACACUAGAGUGCAUCCUCAAGAUUAUUGCUUUCAAUCCACUGAACUACCUGAAGGAACCCUGGAACGUGUUUGACUUUGUGACGGUGAUUGGGAGCAUCACAGACAUUUUGUUCACAGAGAUAAAUACGAACAAGAUGAUAAACCUGAGUUUCCUGCGGCUGUUCAGAGCCGCUCGCCUCAUCAAGCUGCUGCGUCAGGGCUACACCAUCCGCAUCCUGCUGUGGACCUUCGUUCAGUCCUUCAAGGCUCUGCCGUAUGUCUGCCUGCUGAUCGCCAUGUUGUUCUUCAUCUACGCCAUCAUUGGGAUGCAGGUGUUCGGGAACAUCGAGUUGAACGAAGAAACCUCCAUAAAUCACCACAACAACUUCCAGACCUUCUUCCAGGCCCUGACCCUCCUGUUCAGGAGUGCAACAGGCGAGGCGUGGCAUGAGAUCAUGCUGGCCUGCCUCAGUAACCGGCCAUGUGAUAAACUCUCAGGAAGUUCUGGGAAGGAGUGCGGCAGCGAUUUCGCCUACUUCUACUUCGUGUCCUUCAUCUUCCUCUGCUCCUUCCUGAUGUUGAAUCUGUUCGUUGCCGUCAUCAUGGACAACUUUGAGUAUCUAACUCGAGACGCCUCCAUCCUCGGGCCGCACCACCUGGACGAGUUCAUCCGCGUGUGGGCAGAGUACGACCCCGCCGCCUGCGGCCGCAUAAGUUACAGUGACAUGUACGAGAUGCUUCGCGACAUGUCUCCUCCGCUCGGUCUGGGGAAGAAAUGCCCUCCCCGGGUCGCCUACAAGCGCCUGGUGAGGAUGAACAUGCCGAUCGCCGACGACAACACGGUCCAUUUCACCUCCACGCUGAUGGCUCUGAUCCGCACCGCACUGGAGAUCAAGCUGGCGUCCGGCGUGCUGGCACAGCGUCUGUGCGACGCCGACCUGAAGCGGGAGAUCCACCGCGUUUGGCCCAACCUGCAGCAGAAGACCGUCGACCUGCUGGUCACGCCGCAUAAGUACAACGAGCUGACGGUGGGGAAAGUUUAUGCUGCCCACAUGAUCUUUGACUACUACAAACAGAACCGGGCCAAGAAGCUCCAGCAGCAGAACCCGUCUGGGAUCUCUCAGAGUAAGCUGGGCGCUCUGUUCCGCCCGGUUCUGCCCUUCACUCAUCUACACGAGCCGGCGCCGCCAAUCAAACCGGCUCCGCCACCAGAACCAGAACCCAAACCACAAGCCCCGCCCACUUCCACCAGCAGCACCGCCACCAAUAUGGAUGCCAACAUGGACGCCGUUCUGAACCAGAGGACUUCCAUCAAACAUUCCCAGUCUGGAGAUUUCUCCCCGGCGGCUGCGAGGCUGAAGCCGCGCCGCCGGCUACAGAGAGGCCAGUCAGAGGACGUCCACCGCUGCAGCAGAGCUCAGGAGCGGCAGGCCGACCCGAAGCCGGAGAACAUGUCUGACGCAGAGGGCCAGCCUGGCCUGGAGGGCCACACCAGAGCCGCAUCGCUGCCACGCCUAAACGCAGAGUACCACCGGAGCCACCCUCGCCACGCCCCCGGGACACACCUGGCACCGAUCGUUGACCUCAGCCCAAUAAAACGCUCGGCGUCAUCGCUGACGCCCCAGCAGAUCGGGUUGAGGGACUACGACCUGGAGCGGGUCGACCAGAGCCGGUUCUGUGCCGGACCGGACCCGGAACGGACCCACCACUAUCACCACCAUCACCGCUGUCACCGCCGCAGAGACAAGGACAAAGACAGGAAGCAGAAGUCUCUGGAUAAAACGUCCUCAGCGCCGCCGACCGGCGCAGUCGGUUCGUUUGAAGACCCGUCAGCCGACGGUUUGUCCAGAGAGCGAGCGAGGGAGCGGGACCGCAGCCGGCCCCAUGAGAGGAGGCACCACUCCUCCGCUGGGGAGAAGCAGCGCUACUACUCCUGCGAGCGCUACGGCAGCAGGGAGCCGGGUCAGGCCCGGUCGGCCGGUCCGAGCCGGUCCACGUCUCCGGGAGAGAGCCAGGACUCUGGCCUCAUCAAACAGCAGGGAAGCACUGUGACGAAGCCGCCGUCUGGUACCAGCGCUCAGGCCCGCGGGCGCCGCCAGCUCCCCCAGACGCCGCUCACGCCUCGGCCCGCCGUGGCCUACAAGACCCCCACCUCCUCAGCUGCUACGCCCAGCGCCUCCACGCCCGGGUCUCGCUUCGUCCGCGCCGCAUCGGAGCACGACCGCCUGCUAGCGGCUCAGGAGGAGCCCAAAGCUCCAGUUGGUCCGGACUCUAACGCGAGCCGGCAGCAGCUGGACUCGUCCCUGCUGGAGGAGGGCGAGGACUUCCAGGAUGCUGUGAGCAGCCAUGGGGGGGGACACUCCUCCAGAAGCGCCGCCGCGCAGGGGCGGGCAGCGGGCGUGCCGAACGGCUACCACUUCACGCUGGGGUCUGCGCCGGGCAGCAGCAGGGGAGUGGCGGGUCUCAGGGAGCGGGAGGAGGAGGACUGGUGCUAGCUGGGCGCGAAGCUUCACAGCUGAAACUGAAACGCUAAAAACCUGCUGCUGAGCGCCGAGGUCGGCCGGCUGGAGCCCGGCAACUGGGACUGUGCUGCUGAAGGAGUUCACUGAUCAUUCACUGCCAAAACACCAAAUACUACCCAGUGUUGUUGGUCCAGUUUCUACUGGAAAUAUAUUCAUACACUUGAAAUACGAUUAAACUAACUCACUAGUAACUUUUCAGCAAGAUAUAGGAGCUGGUUUUAGGUAAAAAAAUCCCUUAAUAUUGACAAAGUACUGACUCCACUGUGAUUAUUUUAUAGAAUG